GUUAAAAAAAAGCUAGUAUCCUAACCACUAAGCUCCACUUAAGGUGGAGUCAAUUAUUCCACUACUAACAUUCCAUGACCAAUUCAACAAUGCAACAGAAUAAUGAGAGUCCUAAUCUACAUGGCAAGCUGCUGCAAAAUCUCUACUCCUACUCGUUGAUAAAACGAGUGCUAGGUUGGCGGGCUCUUUUCGAACGACGAAGGCCAAGCCCAUCAUCAUCAUCCUAUCGAGGCCCAUCAGCAACCAAGAAGCCUUUUCAAAUCAUCACAGCCAACAAAAAGACAUCGCCUAAGAAGCUCUUGGAGGGUAGCUACCCGAUAACCCUCAAAGCCAUUGAGGAGUUUUAUGCUCACACUCAGUUGAAGGCUCUGGAAUUUCAGAAAAUAUUCCCUGGGAAGCCAUCCGAUGUGGACAUGGAAGAGAUUCAAGUGGCGGCCGCUACAAAUGUUCAGCUGGAAAUCGAUGGAAAUCAGGGAGGACCUCCUGCCGCUCCGGUGGCUAUCACCUGAUCUUAUGAGAAUUUCCCUGACUCUGGCUUUUCCUAUGUCUGUACAACCUAACUUUAAAAUUCUAGCGUGGAAUGUGUGUGGUGCAGGAAGUAAAGACUUGAGGAGGGCAAUCAAGCUUCUUGUCCAAUCCUACAGUCCUGAUUUCCUUCUUCUUUUUGAGCCUCAGAUUAGCGUAGGUCGUGCAAACAGAGUUUGUGGGACUCUGGGUUUUGAUGAAGUAGUGAGAGUUGAUGUCGAGGGCAGGCAAGGCGGUUGCUGGCUGGCUUGGAAGACUGAGGAUUUCAACAUGCAGCUAGUAGAUGCCAGCAGGCAACACAUCACUAUUAAAGUCUCUAGAAGCAGUCAAGAGGAAUGGUUACUCACUGGAGUGUAUGGAAGUCCUCAAUACAAGUUCCAUCAACAGCUGUGGGUACACCUCAUACAAACCACUAGAAACACCCGGAUUCCCUAGCUCCUCACUGGCGAUUUCAACGCUUACCGCUUCACCUUGGAGAAAGCUGGAGCAAUCUCCUCAGCUACGCUUAGACGUUGUCAAAAAAUUGUUGAUUGGAUUGAUUUAGCUACUCUUAUUGAUUUGGGUUUUUCAGGGGCCAGGUUUACUUGGUUUCGGGGGUAUACAUGAGUCAUUAUAAAGCCAGUAGAAUUGA